AUGAGCACCGUUCAAUUGCCUUCCAUUGAGGUACAAUGCUUAUUAACUGACUCGUCAAAAUAGUCGCAACUCAAAUAUUUUGAACAUUUCUUUUACGUACCGGAACUAACUAAUUAAAAUGAGAAAGAUGACAUGAUGAAGCUUUAGAACUUUUUCACAAGGUAGAUCAUUUUGCUCGCAAAUUCUGAAAUUUCUGAAACUUAGCUGAAAAUUUUUUAUUUGAUAAAACUUCCAAUUCUUAUUAUAUUUCAGAGACUUCAUUGUUGUUGAAAACUAAUAACUUGUGUAAGAUGUUUUCAUAACAGACUACGUUCUUCAGGGUGAUGAACUGGACUCCUUGAAAGCGGUGGAAAAAGAGACGAUUCAUCCUUCUACGUCGAAUGAAGAAAUAACCAAAAGCAAGAAGAUGUCGGUUUCAGAUCUGUGCUCUCUUUAUGAGAGAUUUUUUUUACAGAAUUCGUCAAAAUUCAGAAGCAAAUAUUGAAGAAAUUUUACGAGAAGUUUUCUCACCAGAUGCUCAAAUUGUCGACGGCGCCGUCGUCAAAAUGUAUGACGUUACUAUUUUUUUUCUCUAUUUAGUAUAAAAAAUUUUUUCUUAAUUUAGGUCGUCGAGAGUUUUCAGCGGCAGCUUAACAGCAAAAAAACAGAACUCUUUGAAAAACACUACACAAAAGUCUUCUCCUGAUUGUGAGGUGACUUAAAAGAAGCUUUUUAUUCAUUUCGGAACUCGCAGCCUCAAAAUUGGUAUCAUUUCCCAAAAAGAAGUCUGCGACUGUAGCAUCUUCGAUAAAGGUGGGUCGGAAACUUUUGACACGUUUGAAACUUUUAUUCAGUUUUAAGAGAAGAUUCUCGGCUGAAUCAUGGAAUAAAUGAAGAGUUUUUUUUCGUUUCGCAAAACUUUCGUUGAUCGGCGCGUAGAGCAUCUCGUCUUUCUUGUGAUAGUAGUAGACGAUUUUCGAGCGUUCCGACGAUGAACUGCUUCUCUUUGUAGGAACAGCACGGCGCCCAGCUUGUGCAGGGCUGACGGGCGUCGGAUUAAAUCUCAGACGAGAGCGGGAAUGAAGAACGACCACUCGGGUAGUAGAAAUGAGAUAAUAUUUGUCGGAAAGGGUCGGGAAUAUAUAAACUAAAAAUUAAAAUUGUCAUGAUACUUCUUUUACUAGAUUUAAUAGAAGGUUUAGGAAAUACCAUCAAGACCAACGGCAAAUCGAAGCGAGACCAAAUUUGUGCGAUUGAAUCAAAAUGAGAAGCUUUUGAACCGGGCUAGGGACGCCAAGAGAGCAAGCUUGGAGAAGAUGACCGGCAAGUUUUCAACCUUUCAGCUAACAAACUUUGCUUCAGAUUCCAUGAAAACGUUGUCAGUUCAAAAAACUGCAAUGUCCAGAAGUACAGAACGCAAGCGCUCCGCUGUGAAGAGUUAGUUUGCCGGUUUAUUGAGAAAUUAUAGUCUCUGCUUCUUCCAUCGUUCACAAAGAAACAGGCUGAAAUAGAGGAGGAAAAGCUUAUAAUGCAUCCCAAUUGGUGAUAAGAGCAAGUUAAAGGUUCACGAGGAAGCAUUUUUUACCUUUUUUACAGUUUCAUGCGAAGUUCAACCGGCGAGUAAAAAAACGUUCCCUAGUUAGAUGAAAAAAACUAACGAAUAAUAUCUUUUUUUAACCACAAAAUUUGGAUUCACGAGUAGAACACCAAAAAAACGAAAAAUCUAUUUCACAAGUAAAAAAACAAAGUUUUUUUCUGUAAAGAGCACGAAGGUUUCAGAAAUUGCGCCACCGAACAGACUCUGAAGCUGGUCCGAAACUACUUGGCCCGAAACCGUUUCAACAUUUUAGAUAAUUUUAGCGUAUAAAAGUGUGAGAAAGAGGGGUUGGAGCAAGGGAAUUGGACGACGGAACGACAAGUUGAUUAGGAAAUCUAAUAAAAUAGGGUGAUUAGUUGGGGAAAGAGACGAAAUCGAUGCAGGCGCGGCUUUAAAACGAGGCACAGUUGCUGCCGUGGGUGCCACUCCACAGAACGUCGCUCCGCCGAUGCACCGAGGGCCCAUUUUUCUUCUUGUUAUUUUUCUGUCAGGCCGUCUUAGAGCGGGUCCUGUCGUCGAGUCUUCGCGUCAUGAAGACGUCGCCGAAGAUGACGUCGCCGACGAAGCUGUGGUCACAACCAUGCCUACUUUUUCGGGUUUGUCUGGUUUUUCGUAUCCGAAAUUUUUUUAUCAAGAUGUUAUGGAAGAAAAAGGAAGUCUCAUUUUAAAGGCAUAGGGGCAGUAAAAACGGUGUUUUAGUUCGAAGCAGUACUUUGUAGAGUUUUUCAUUGCGAAUUGAACGGUGAAACUGAAAACGUACAGAAGUUCCAAGUUUUGAAGAAAGAAUUAUUCAAAGACAAAGAAAGGAAAGGUUGAGUUUCCGCCAAAAGGGCGCUUUGCAGUAAAGGCUCUAUGGACAACAGGCUUCGCCAUCUUCCGGAUUAUCGCUUUUUUCUUCGUUUCUUUCAAUUUUUAAUUUUUUCUGUUGUCACCAAAGUUCUUUUCGCCACAAAAGCUUUCUAUUCAUGUGUAAUUUGCAAACUUUGAUUGCAAAAAAGCUUUUCUGGUGAAAAAUGAUGAUUUUACACAGGUUUCGAUUGGGGUAGCAAUAUUUUGAGUUUUCUUUAUCAAUGUGUAUUUUCUGUUUUCUUAAUCGAUUUUUCAGAAAAGAAACCAUUGAUUUGAAACAGAUAUCCAGUUAUUUUUCACAAAAUGCGAGUCUAAUGAGACGUCCGCAACAUUGCGUGCACGGCUACUGUAAACAUUUGUCCGUAGACCGAUCCAAAGCUUUUUUCAAAAUUAAAGGCGGGAAAGUAAAAUCGCGUUUUUCUUCUAAAGUUGUCACAUCUGUAAUUUUUUUGAGUACACCAUUCGAUUCGCAAAGAAAAACUAUAUAAGAUACUGCUUUCACCUGAAACCCAAUUUUUUACUGCCCCUAUUCCUUUAAGCUUUUCAGACUCACCUUUUACAAAGUUUUCAUGUUUUAUUCUCUUUUUUCACACUAUUUUCGUUCUACAAAUGAACUUUUCAAAAAAUCUGUGAGAAUUAACUGAGAAGGCCUUUUGUUGCUGUUUUUCAACUACAGACAGGACUUUUUGGGGUCUGUCCAUGAGAAAAAAUAACGCGUUUCUGAACUUUAAAACCAAGGUAACUUCAAAUUUUGAAAAUUUUGCAGUAGAGCGAUUGGAUGCACCGAUUGAGCGCAUAGAGAUCCGUCUGAUCGACGAGAACAAUACGCAAGUGGAAGACGUCACGCGGAGCGACCAGGCCGAUCAGAAAAUUAAUCUUUUUCCGACCGAAGACGUUUCUACUACGAUUCCCACUCACGAAGCACUCGAAAUCGAUAACGAAAAGUACAAAAAGGUGAGACAGCUUUUUAUGAAAAUUGCAUCUUCAUUUUUCUGGUCGAAUAUGUGAUGCAAGCGACAGCCAAGACAACGACAACGGAAAGUCCAGCUCGUGAUAAGAUGAGUGAGACGACUCCAGAAGUUUUCGUGGUCGGUGACACUCCAGGAUACUUCUCAGCGAAAACGUCUUUCGGCAACGAUGUACAUCACCACAAAGCCGAAGUCAGUGUCCGUUCCUCCUCUGUUGGAACCGCUGCGUUUAAGAUCCAGGCGAAGGCAUGGCUCUCCGUAUCCUCUUCAAUCCCCAAGUUCGACGGAGACAUAGACGAAGAAGAUCUUCCGCCCCCUCCAGCCGAUACACUCGCCGAGGUGCGCCAUAAACUCUCAGAAAACAACAUUUUUCGGUUUCAUUCCUAAGACAUUUUUCAAAAUUCCAUUGACAGCAAGAAUUUUAGUCAGGACACUGCUCGGAUUUUUUGCACGUCUUCAAUCUGAGCCCACUUCAAAAAAAAUUAUAAUAAGAAACUCGUCCUUAAGAAGGAAUAAAAAACUUUUUGAAUUUGACAACUCUUCAAAAAGUUAAUGAAUUUUUAAAACCAUCCUCUGUUCUUCAAGAUUUUCAAAAUCCUUUCGAAACAUCUGAUCCAAAAGAUGACCUUUGUUCAAAAUAAUUUUCCACUCAUUUUUAAAAAUCCAAGUUUUUUGGAACGAUUAAUAGUAUCAGAAUGAAAAAUUAGCUGAUUUUUCGAUAGGCAACCUCUGAACUUGAUUGCUUUCAACAGACGCUAGUCGACCCGGUCGUUGUUGAAAUUUUCUCUCGUGAGAACAACGUUUUAUGUUUUGUUUUCCCACUAGCGGGUCAAACGUCACUCCCGACGAAAAAGAGCAGUUGACCUGCAAAUGAAAAGAUUAGUGAGCUCAGGACGACGAGCCGGAAGAAGAGUGCCUGGCGAAUAGCGAGCAUCUCUCCGAAGAGGUCGUCCAACGUCUCAAAGUACAUUUUUUUAAAUAUUUAAUACGAGAUAGAGGAAAGUCUUCAUUUAGGCCGAAACAGCAAUGUAUUACAAGCUGGUGAAGCAGCGGAACGAACAGCAGAGGGAGUUUUGCAAAGAAGAAGUGCCAGGCGAAGAAGAGACGGAUAAAAUGAGCGACGAGAACCGGCGCUGCGCAGAUUGGAGAGCCGAAAAGCUAGUAUACUACUAUAAACUCAUGCGCAAAACCUACUGUCAGGUGGAUAUUUCCCUUGUAGAACACGUUUAAACGCACAAUCGCGUUAAAGGUGAACAACUGGCCGAACCCGACCAAAGUGAAAAAGACGUAUGGCGAGUACCUCAACCUUUUCGGCACCUUCUACGCUUUCCAGAAGUAG